CAAAUCCCAUCCAAUGUGCUGGUUCAGGGUUCAGGUUGUGAUUACAAAACUGCUCCCAAUGGUCUUAACAGAGCCCUUGAAGAAGCUGUCCUGCAUCUCCACACCCAGAUGCAUCCUGGGUCCGGUACCACACAGAAUGGGUCUGCUCCUGCCCCUGGUGCUCUGCACCUUGGCUUGGUGCUGUGGAGCCAGCUCUCCACCCCAGCUGGCCUCUGUCUCCUCGCCUCUCCUCUCCCGGGGCUGCAGUGACUCCGAUGUGCUGGCAGCUGCAGGCUUUGCCCUGAACGAUCUCAACAGGGACCGGAAGGAUGGCUACGUGCUGAGCCUCAACCGAGUGAGCAAUGUCCACGAACACAGACAGGAUGGUCCAGGAUCUCUGUUCUAUCUCACUCUGGAUGUGUUAGAGACAGACUGCCAUGUGCUCAGUAAGAAGGUGGGGAAGGACUGCAGCGUGUGGCUGCUUCAUAAAUUGGUUUAUGGUCGAUGCAAAUCAAUAUUUUAUACUAACAAGCCAAAAAGAAUUCUCUAUUUACAUGCUUAUAACUGUACUCUUCGCCCAGUUUCUCGAAGAAAGAUUCAAAACACAUGCCCUGACUGCCCCAGCCCUGUUGACCUGUCAUAUCCCAAGGUUCUGGAAGCUGCUGUUGAAUCUCUUGCAAAAUACAACAAGGAGAGCAUCUCAAAGCAGUAUUCUCUUGCCAAAAUCACCAAAGCUUCUAGCCAGUGGGUGUUUGGCCCUUCCUACUUUGUGGAGUACUUAAUCAACGAGUCACCAUGUAACAAAUCCCAGGCCAGCAGCUGUGCACUUCAACCCCCUGAUUCUGUCGCUGUUGGCCUUUGCAAAGGUUCUGUGAGUCAAAGAGACUUAGAAAAGUUUGUCUCCGUGACUUGUGACUUCUUUGAAUCACAGGCUCCUGGCCCUGGAGGUGUCACCUCUACUGCAAAUCAGGAACCUGCAAACCUCUCCAAGGUGGACGAGCCCCUCCAGGAAAACACAGCUCCCACUAACUUGCCACCUACAGCUGAGCCAAAAGGAUCUGUCCAGUAUCUCUCUGACUUGGAUGAUGAGAAGACCAAAGAGUGCCCGGAAAAGGACCCUGUUGAGGCCUUCCCUGUACAGCUGGAUCUCACCACGAAUCCCCAGGGAGAAGCCCUAGAUGUCUCCUUCCUCUCCCCAGGGUCUGGGGAGGAGAAGCUGGUGGUCUUCCCUUUCCCCAAAGAACAAAGUUCUGCUGAGUGCCCAGGACCAGCCCAGAAGGCUGAUCCUCUUAUUCUCCCACCAUAAGAGCCAUGCAGAAGAUUCCACAGGGGCAUGGUGCCCUGCAGGAGAUGACAAGUGCUAGGGAAAGGGAACAGAGACAGAGCUUAAAUGUAGAGAGUGACUAAUAAAGUAUGUCUUCCUGA